AUGAGCAUCGCGUUUCGUCGAGGUGAAGAGGAGUCUAGCGAAGCCGGUAGCUCUUCUUUCAAGAUCACCCAGCAUGUGUGUCCGCCACUGCUGCCUGGCAAGUUCGAUGAGGGCAGUCAGGUGCUGCCGCAGGGCAGGAAGCCGCAGACUGACACCGCUGACGAGUGUGGGCAGGCGCUACAGCGGUCUGACAGAAAGCCGCCAACCGACGGCCCUGGCGAGAGCAGCCAGACGCCACAGUCACCCUGCAGGAGGACGCAGACGGAAAGCACCGGCUCGCAGCUGAUCACGGCUACCCGGUGGCUUGAGUCGGACACGAGCGCCAGCGACCCGCUCUGCAUUGGUCUGCCGAACUACGGCAACUCGUGCUAUCAAAACGCCACGCUUCAACCUCUGCUGGGCCUGACUCCGUUCCUGAGCGACAUGCUGUCGCUGAUUUCCGACCUGAGCCCAGGGGAGAACAGCCUCUGCCGCACACUGCAUGGUGUCGCGGAGUUGAUGGUGCUCCGUCAGAAGGGGCUCAGCAGAUCAGUCUCCAGCCAUCUCAACGACCUUCGCGACGUGUUCGCCGACAUCGAUCCGGCGUUCCGAGGCAUCGAGAUGCAGGACGCCAACGAGUUCUUGCUGCGCCUGCUAGACACCAUGAAGGAAGAAAUCGACGCGCGGCGGCCGACCGAUAACCUUGUGCGAGACAACUUUCAGUAUCAGACCGUCGAGAGCUACAUGUGCACCAAGUGCCAUGAAACGGUGCUGAAACAGCAAGAGAACAUAUGCUGGUUUGUCAGCGUGCCGCACCGCCAGGGCACAGAGACGCCCACGCUGCAGGACGCGCUGCGGCUGUGCAUGCGGCCUGACCGGCGCGAGCUGCUCUGUCAGCACUGCCGCCAUGACGAGUGCCGCGUCACCACCAAAAUCAGCCAGCUGCCUAGGACGCUUAUAGUACAGCUUAACCGGUACGUCUUCCUUGGGGAGGAAUCGAAGAAAAUCUGCUCCAACGUCGGCAUUCCCAAGCUCCUUUCGCUGAAAGAACAUGUCGCGGACGACGUCACCCGGCCCCCAGAGUGGAAGUGCACAAAGCCUGCCCUGUGCAUCCUAUCCGACUUCGAGGAGUCUGAGGCGCCCAGCUCGGCGCAGGCCGAGCUGGUGGUGCUGGACGCCGACUCCAAGUUCAAACCGGCGCGGACCUGCGAGAGCAAAGACCGCGAGCUCCAGGAAGCCAUCAUGAGGUCGCUGGAGGGAGCGCCGGCUGACGCCUCGGAGCAGGCACACCUAUCGGAGCUCUGCGUGGAAGACGGCCAGUCUCCCCGCUCAGUGGACCUGGCCGGCGACUUUACCUACCUGCUGGUGGGCGUCGUCAGCCACUACGGCAGCGCCACGGACAGGUGGUUCCACUACGACGACCGGCGCGUCAGCUGUGUGGACGAGGCCGACGUUCUGGGCGAGGCCGGACACCAGAGGAACGGCUACAUCUUCUUCUACCUGCACAAAGACCUUUGCGACCAAGUGGUCAGUGUGGAGGAAGCCGGCGGGGCGCUGUGA